AGACAUCACGUGCGUGGGUGACGUUCCCACUGUGGCACGGUGGCUAGCGUGGAAGCUGAAAUGCGGGAAGCGUCUCAUUGUGACAUGGUUGCUUACGGAGAGGAGUCAUUUACGUGGAGCCUAAUGGAAUGAAAGGAACACACAUACGGACGAACACGCCAAAUCAGAAUUAGCGGGAGAAAAGUGAACAUAAAACCUGGCGAUGCACCUGUGACGACAAUACCAUCCCUCGGCAGGAAUUAGGUUAGAACAGAGAGCCCCAUUGGGUUUCAACGGCAGAGUGCAUGCGACACUUGAAGAGGAAAAUCGAAAAGGAUAUCGACGAUUAACUCAAGAUCAGAGUUGGCCAAAGUGGCUAGCUGAGGAUUGCAGCCACACGCAAGGUCGUGCCAACCGUCCAACCCACAUACUCUCUACUUGUCCCUAUUCAUCUUCCGGCGAAAUACAAAACCUGAUACAGCUGGACACCCGAGAGGCCAAGGGCAAACCCCAGUUCCUAUCCCAGAUCGUGUAAACAGGAUUUUAUUGUUACAGGAAAUCACUGACUACAUCAACUCCGACCAUAGGUGCAGAUCCGGUGCAACACAAAAUGCCACUGGCUGACUUCCUGUUUUACAUGGCAGUACUACUGGGGUUAUCCGCAGUAGCCACAAGCUCGCCGGUACAGACUCCCCUCGAAAAGGCUGCCGCCGCGGCGGCAGCCGGCGUAACGGGUAGCGAUGUCUCAUUCGAAACACCCGCGAAUCAACUGUUUCGUGACGCGGUCAGGGUGGUGGACACGAUGAAAGAUUUCUUGGCAGCGCUGAGUGACUUCGAGCAAAUACAAGUGGGUGAAGCGGCCCGGGAAGACCAGAUCAGGCUGAAUAAUGUCAAGAGAGGACCUAGUAAUAGCGCAUUCCGAGUCAAUGGAUGGAAGAGAAAGAGACGGAGCACGAGGGAACGUGAUAUACUCGCUGUUGCCUUCACGAAUAAACUGGAUCACAAGGCUGCCGAUAUGGUUCACAAGAUCUACACAUUCCUUGGAGAUCUCCAAACGGUAAGCCGCAAGUUUGGUUAAUAUUUCAUUAUCCCCUUUAUUCACUCUAAAUUCCAA